AUGUCACAAGAAAUAAAGAGGUUAGACACUUUUUACACUUAUUAAUAUCUCCUUUAUAAAAACAAAUACUUAACAAACUAUCGGAAGGAGGCUCUUAAGCAACCCUGAGGACAAUUAACAUUUUUUCUUUCACCAGUUGAUUAGUGUUUUCUUAAAAAGAUCAAUUGUUCAAAUUGGUGAAUACCCAAAACGGGUACAAUAAUUAGGGAAACGGAUGAGUAUUAUAAUAUUAUAACAUCAAAAACUAUAUAAUCCGUAUCGAUUAAACACACUUUAAAAAGAAAUACGAAGUAGAAGAAUAAUGGACAAUGAAGGCCAUUUUUGUAAAUCAACCCAACUAAAGGCCCGUGGAUCAAAAACAGAAAAAAAUAAAAAAAAAUAAAAAAUAAAUAAAAUAAAAUAAAAAAUAAAUAAAUAAAAGAAAAAAAAAAAAGUAUGAAAACGACGUGAUUAAGGCGGGAGAAGAGAAAAUAUUGAUUAAAAACAUCACCUUAAUCACUCUUUACUUAUUUCAGAAACAAAACCUUACGCAAUGAACCAGAAAAACAGAGAUAGAAAACAGAAACAGGUAACACUACAUUACAUAGAUAAUGCCUACCAUUAUUUAGCCUUUUCAGCCUUCCCUAAGCUUCAGAAAAAAAAACCUUACAAAAAUCUCUCCCACCCAACUCAACAAAACCCAUUUCUGCCAUCAUCAUCAUCAUUCUCCCCAUUAUACUCUGAUGGCCGAUCUUUCACCACCUCAUCCGCCUCAAUCCUUUGGGCUUGAAUCCGACGAUAUUUCGUCGCUUCUUCACAACCUCCUUCACAAUUCUUCCCAACCCUCCACCUCUUCACCCCUUCCUAACCACCACCAACCCCCACCUCCUCCUCCUCUUCCUACUACUGAGUCCCGCCGUCAAUUUCCUGGAUCCGCUGUUUUUUCUGAAUCACCUGCUUUAUUUGGCCCAAAUUUCCCUUUUGCUGGUGGUUAUUAUAGCUCUGAUCUUUCGAUGGAGGGGAUCGAUGAUGCAGAUUGUCAAAGCGAGGAGGAAACUCGUAUGCAGUCUGCUUCAGGUAAGAGUUCGUCGAAGCGUAGCAGAGCAGCUGAGGUUCAUAACAUGUCUGAAAAGAGAAGGCGACAGAGGAUUAAUGAGAAAAUGAAAGCACUGCAGAAAUUGAUUCCCAACUCCAAUAAGACAGAUAAGGCUUCAAUGUUGGAUGAAGCUAUCGAAUAUUUAAAACAGCUUCAGCUACAGGUUCAGAUGCUAACCUUGAGAAAUGGUUCAAGUUCACAUCCCUUUUACGUACCAGGAGCGAUGCAGCUUCCAUCUGCAGCACAACUUGAUGAGGCCAACAGCAGUAGAGCAGGAUCCUUCACAGCUGAUCAAGAAGCUCCCAUGCAGGCAAUGUUUAAUCUUUCCAGCAAACCUGCUUUUUCUGACUAUAAGCUCCUAAUGACCAGAAUGUCAGAGAACAACAGUUCAGCGCAGCCAUUUCAUCUGAAUCCGUCUAUGACUGUACAUUAUAGGCCUUUCAAUGCCUCAAUGCCCUCUAAGGUACUCUGCAAGGAUCCUGCAUUACCCCAGUUGCAGUUGGACAUGAGUCACUGUGGUCAGAGUUCAUCAUCAGGAAUAUCCUCUUGAAUAUGAAGAUGUUUAGCUCAAGAACAUCAUGCUCAAAUUUCUGUAUAACACUACAGAUAAUUCGUAUCCAUGCAGAUGAAAUAGAAAUUGUAGAUCAAGUACUUUGUUCUGACAUAGUUUCUAAAACAUUAUUUUGAACUGCUAAGAAAAUGUCUAGAUUCAGUUUUUGUUUCCUUGUAUAACGCCAAAAUGUUUAAGCCUUCAUGCCCUUUAUAGGGGAUUAUAUAGUUCAACCCACAAUGCAUGUUUGGUACUAAA